AUGGGGAGAGAGACCCUGGCCCUCGGCUGGGCCGUGGCCGCCACCCUGAUGCUACAGGCGUUGGCCAUGGCAGAGCAUUCCCCACGGACCCCGCAUAGCAAGGCCAGCGUGUUCGCGGACCUGAGUGCCCAAGAGCUGAAGGCCGUGCAAAGCUUCCUCUGGUCCCGGAAGGAGCUGAGGCUGGAGCCCUCCAGAGCGUCAACCAUCGCCAAGAACUCUGUGUUCCUCCUUGAGAUGCUGCUGCCCAAGAAGCAGCAAGUGCUGAAAUUUCUGGACAACGGUCAAAGGCGUCCCGUUCGGGAGGCGCGUGCCGUCGUCUUCUUCGGAGCCCAGGAGCAUCCCAACAUCACCGAGUUUGCUGUGGGGCCCCUGCCACAGCCCUACUACCUGCGCGAGCUGCCACCCAGGCCUGGGCACCGGGCCUCCUGGGCCUCCAGGCCCAUCUCCUCGGUGGAGUACGUCCUACUGAACCACGCCCUGCAAGAAGCCACCAAGCCCCUGCACCAAUUUUUUCUUGACACCACGGGUUUCUCCUUCCAUAACUGCCAGCUUCGGUGCCUGACUUUCACGGAUGUGGCGCCCCGGGGCUUGGCCUCCGGCGAGCGCCGCACCUGGUUUAUUUUACAGCGCUAUGUAGAGGGCUACUUCUUGCACCCCACUGGGCUGGAGCUUCUCGUAGACCACAGCAGCACCAACGCCCAGGACUGGACAGUGGAGCAGGUCUGGUACAACGGGAAGUUCUACCAGAGCCCGGAAGAACUGGCACGGAAGUACAAGAAUGGAGAGGUUGACGUGGUGGUCCUGGAGGACCCCCUACCCAAGGGGAAGGGGGCAGAGAGCAUGAAGGAUCCACCCCUCUUCUCCUCCUACAAGCCACGCGGGGACUUCCCCAGCCCCAUCACUGGGCACGGCCCCCGCCUGGUCCAGCCCCAGGGCCCUGGUUACAAGCUGGAGGGCAAUACCGUGCUCUAUGGGGGCUGGAGUUUCUCCUUCAGGCUGAGGUCCUCCACGGGGCUGCAGGUCCUGAACGUGCACUUUGGCGGGGAGCGCAUAGCCUAUGAGGUGAGUGUGCAAGAGGCCGUGGCAUUGUACGGAGGCCACACACCUGCGGGCAUGCAGACCAAGUACAUCGAUGUGGGCUGGGGCUUGGGCACCGUCACUCAUGAGUUGGCCCCUGGCAUCGACUGCCCGGACAUAGCCACCUUCCUGGACGCUCUCCACUACUACGAUGCUGACGACCCCAUCCGCUACCCCCGAGCCCUCUGUCUCUUUGAGAUGCCCACGGGGGUGCCCCUCCGAAGGCACUUUAAUUCCAACUUCGACAGUGGCUUCAACUUCUAUGCAGGGCUCAAGGGUCAGGUGCUGGUGCUGAGAACGACUUCCACAGUCUACAAUUAUGACUACAUUUGGGACUUCAUUUUCUACCCCAACGGGGUGAUGGAGGCCAAGAUGCAUGCCACCGGCUACGUCCACGCCACCUUCUACACCCCCGAGGGGCUGCGCCACGGGACCCGCCUGCACACGCACCUGAUCGGCAACAUGCACACUCACUUGGUGCACUACCGCGUCGACCUGGAUGUGGCAGGCACCAAGAACAGCUUCCAGACCCUGAGGAUGAAGCUAGAAAACAUCACCAACCCCUGGAGCCCAACACACCACCUGGUCCAGCCAACUCUAGAGCAGACCAGGUACCCCCGGGAGCGCCAGGCGGCCUUCCACUUCAGGCGCACUCUGCCCAAGUACCUGCUCUUCACCAGCCCCAAGAAGAACCCCUGGGGCCACAAGCGCAGCUACCGGCUGCAGAUCCACUCCAUGGCUGACCAAGUGCUGCCCCCUGGCUGGCAGGAGGAGCGGGCUGUCACUUGGGCCAGGUGA